AUGGCUUCUUACCUCAUUACUGGCUCAUCUCGAGGAAUUGGCCUUGGUUACGUUACGAUCCUAGCUCGUAAAGAUGCGUCUGAAGUUGGCAAGAUUUUCGCUGCCGCUCGCUCCGAGAACUCUGCGCUCAAGAGAUUGAUCUCUGAAUCGGCUGGUCGCAUCGAGUUUGUCCCUCUAGAGGUGACGUCCGGGGAAAGUGCUGUGAAGGCAGCGCAGCAUGUUGAGCGCUCUCUGGGUGGAAAGGGCCUGGAUAUUCUUAUCAACAACGCUGGCGUUUCAAGUCACACUGAAGGUGGUAUUGAAAACAUGACAGAUCUUACCGAAGUGCUAAACGUCAACGUCUUUGGGGUGCACAAUGUCACCAGAGCCUUCCUGCCAAUCCUUAAAAAGGGUCAGCUCAAGAAGAUUGUAAACAUUUCUUCGAGUCUCGGCUCCAUGACUCUAUCACCAAUGGGCAAGUUCCAGCCUACUCCUGCGUACAAAGUAUCAAAAGCCGCACUUAACAUGCUUACCGUACAAUGGGCCGAGUCGCUCGAAAAUGACGGUUUUACGGUGCUUGCUGUAUGCCCUGGUUGGGUUAAGACAGACAUGGGAACUGAGGCGGGCCAUUUGACUGCUGAGGAGAGCGUAAUUGGGGGUCUCAACGUUAUCUUUGGACAUACUGCCGCAGAUAGCGGCAAGUUCUUCGUCAUCGAUCUUCCUGGUAAGGAGGUCAAUGGGGAGAAGAUCUACGAUGGUUCUGUUCGUCCAUACUAG